AUGGUCUUGCAAUUGGAGUCUCUACUCACCGUAGUCUCAGUGCUGCAAAUAAUGUUGGAAUUAGCGACAGUACCUGCAACAAUAGCUCUAACAGGGAGGGGGUGUGAAGCCAGAUGUGGAGACAUUGAAAUCCAAUAUCCAUUUGGUAUUAGAGCUAAUUGCUCCAUGGACAAAUGGUUUGUGAUUGAUUGCAUUAAAACUGUCAACUCUAGUAGAGCUUUCAUAAGCAGCAUCAAGUUGGAGUUGAUAAAUAUCGACUAUGCACACAGCCACUUACUAGUUAAGGGUCCUAUAUUCUCCUACAAUUGUACUCCUCCUGACACCGGCAGCCAAGUUGUGAACUUAAGGAGUACAUCAUUUACCUUUUCUGGUUACAAUAAAUUCAUCGUUGUGGGCUGCAACAAACAUGUUUUGCUAUCCUCUUCUGAGCAAAACACUGCAGGAUGCCAAACAAUCUGCAAAGAGAAUCCUCAACGUCAUGGGUGCCUUGGAGACGGAUGCUGCCAAGCCUCAAUCCCUUAUUUUCAACAGUUAUUUGAACCGAGUUUUCAAGAUGUGGAUGAUGAUCAAUGCAGCGUAGCCUUCAUAGCGGAAAAAAAGAAGUUCAAGGCUAACGUAACAGAUCCCUAUAAGGUGCGAGAUAUGGAAUAUGUUCCAGUUCUUCUGGAUUGGAAAAUCAAUGCAAUGGCCUUGGAAUCGCUUGCAAUUGAUGCGAAAUCCGCCUACUAUGAUCCUAUUGUUAACUAUGACAAAUUCGAUUUCCCAUACCUGAACAGCACAGAGUUAAUGUGUCGUGAAGGCUUCACAGGCAACCCUUAUCUACCGAUUGGAUGCCAAGAUGUCAAUGAAUGCGAGGAUCCAAUAGUGGUAAGUCGGUGUCAUGGAUUAUGCAAAAAUACAUACGGCUCUUACGAAUGCGUGCCCGCUCUAUCUUUUAAAAUCUUUAACAGUAUUAGUAUGGCCUUUGGAGCAUUGGUUCUCCUAAUUAUUACGUGGUCAUCAUAUAAAUUUGUUAAGAAAAGAAAUCAGAUAAAGCGUGAAAGAAAAUUCUUCAAGCAGAAUGGUGGUCUGUUGUUGCGCCAACAACUAUCUUCGAGUCAAGGCAAUGUCGAUAGGACCAGAAUAUUCAGUUGUAAGGAGUUGGACAAAGCGACUGAUCACUUUAAUGUGAACAGAAUUCUUGGCCAAGGUGGCCAAGGCACUGUUUAUAAAGGAAUGUUGGUAGAUGGAAGAACUGUUGCUAUUAAAAAGUCUAUGAAAAUAGACGAAGCAAAAGUUGAAGAAUUCAUUAAUGAAUGUGUCAUUUUGUCGCAAAUUAAUCACAGAAAUGUUGUGAAGCUACUUGGUUGUUGUUUGGAGACAGAGGUUCCUCUUCUUGUCUAUGAAUUCAUCCCUAAUGGAACCCUUUAUCAGUAUCUCCAUCAUCAAAAUGAGGAGUUUCAAUUAACAUGGGAUAUGCGCUUACAAAUUGCUGUUGAAGUUUCAGGGGCAAUUUCCUACCUGCACUCAGAGGUAUGUAUGCCAAUUUAUCAUCGAGAUAUUAAGUCCACAAACAUACUGUUGGAUGAAAAGUAUAGAGCAAAAGUAUCAGAUUUUGGAGCUUCAAGGUGCAUCCAGAUUGAUAAAAGUCAUCUGACCACUCAUGUAAAGGGAACUUUUGGAUAUGUCGAUCCAGAGUACUUCCAAUCAAGCUUGCUCACUGAAAAGAGUGAUGUUUAUAGCUUUGGAGUAGUUCUUGUUGAGCUUUUGACUGGACAAAAACCAAUUUCUUCAGAAAGAGUAGAAGAAGGUGUUGGAUUAGCUGCACAUUUCAUUCUUUCAAUGGAGGAUGACAAACUCUUUGAUAUACUUGAUGCACGAAUUGUAGACCAAUGUACUGCAGAAGAAGUUAUUGCAGUUGCUAACCUUGCAAAAAGAUGCUUAAAUUUGCACGGCAGGCUACGGCCAACUAUGAAAGAAGUGUUGAUAGAGUUGGAAGGGAUUCGAUUAUCUCAGAAAGACAUGAGUAUUUCACAAAAUACUACUGAUGAAUUUGAACCAAACUCUUCGGAUGCUUCAUCUACUUCGACAAUUUCAAUUUCUGACAGUUCUCAAGUUUCUAUAAACAUUUUCAACCCUGAAACAGUGUUUGACAAGUUUCAAAAAACAAAGCUGAUAGCUGAUGGGCAACUGAUAUGGUAUCCAUCAGCUGCAGUUCGUAUCAGCUCUAUUUUUGGAGCUGUUAAAUAG